UAGCUCGCUGUAAUUUUUUUCACUUCUCCGCCCAGUCACUUUCCCUCACCUUCCCAUCACAUUUUCCUUCUCCCCAAACGCUACCCACAUCCCCUCCAAUUUCCACUUUUUCCACUCCUCCUCCAUUUUUCUCCGAUCCAUUUCCGAGCUCGAUUCUGCCGUCAAAAUGCCUUCCGGCGCCGACGACGGCGCCCAGUACUCGUUUGCGAUAGAGUACAAGGGUCCUGCGGUCAGUUACGAUCUUCCUCGGGCGGUUCCGAUCAACGUCGACAGAAUUCCAGUGGCGGCGGUGGUCGGAGGGGUUGCGCUGCCCGAGAAGCUCACCUUGCCGGUGGUCCAGCCGGUGCUUGCGCCCGCAACGUUCUCUAAAGAGCUCAAGACGUCGAACUCGACGGUGUCUCCGACUUCCGUUUUUGAUCGGGGCAGCGAGGAUUACACGAAGGAGUUGGAAGGUUCUGAAUCGACUGUUUCACCGACGUCGAUGAUUGGAUUUGAGGAGACUGGUGUGGAGAGUGUUGCUGGGUGUGCGUUGUCCCGUGAAUUGAGCAGCUCCGGCCCGUCGGAGUUUUCAAACGGGUUGAAUAACAGGUCGGGUGAGUUUUCCGAUGUGAUUGGUGACGGGAAGGAGAGUGUGGACUUCAACAGUGAUUCGAAUCGGCCAGAACCUGAGCUGGACUGGGUCUCCACGGAGUCGGUUUUGAGUUUGGACUAUCCGUCGUCUCGUGUUUCAUCCAGUAAGGCUUUGGAUUAUGAUGCACGGCGGCCGCCGGUGGUGACUUUUCGGGACAUUGAGUCGGAUGAUGGGGCUGAUGAAGACGAGGCUGAGGUUGUGCAGGCGAAGCGGGAGCCUCAGAGCAAAGGGAAGAAGAAGGCGUGCUACCGAUGUUUGAAGGGGACGAGGUUUACUGAGAAGGAGGUUUGCAUUGUUUGUGAUGCUAAGUAUUGUAGUAGUUGUGUGCUUAGAGCAAUGGGAUCAAUGCCCGAAGGUCGAAAAUGUGUGACUUGUAUUGGGUUUCCAAUUGAUGAGUCGAAAAGAGGGAGCUUGGGGAAGUGCUCUAGAAUGCUCAAGCGGCUGUUGAAUGAUUUGGAGGUUCGACAGGUGAUGAAAUCCGAAAAGUUUUGUGAGGCAAAUCAGCUACCCCCGGAUUAUAUUUGUGUUAAUGGACAGCCUCUUUGUCACGAGGAGCUGGUUCUAUUACAAACCUGCCCUAUUCCGCCGAAGAAAUUAAAACCAGGAAACUAUUGGUAUGAUAAAGUUUCUGGUCUUUGGGGAAAGGAAGGGCAGAAGCCUUCCAAGAUCAUUAGUCCCCAUCUCAGUGUUGGGGGUCCCAUCAAGGCAAAUGCUAGCAAUGGGAACACACAGGUUUACAUAAAUGGCCGGGAAAUUACCAAAGUCGAGCUUCGGAUGUUGCAGUUGGCUGGGGUUCAAUGUGCUGGUAACCCACAUUUUUGGGUGAACGAGGAUGGGUCAUACCAAGAGGAGGGCCAGAAAAAUACUAAAGGAUACAUAUGGGGCAAGGCUGGAACAAAGCUUGUCUGUGCUGCCUUGUCACUACCAGUCCCUUCUAAAUCUUCAACUCCUUGUGGAAAAUCCUUCAACUAUGUGGGUAGUAGAGUUGUCCCUGAUUACAUUGAGCGGAGAAUUCUUCAGAAGAUUCUUUUAGUUGGAUGUAAUGGUUCCGGAACAAGUACUAUAUUUAAACAGGCCAAGAUUCUAUAUAAAGCUGUCCCCUUCUUGGAGGAUGAGCGUGAAAACAUCAAAUGUAAAAUACAGAGUAAUGUGUAUGGUUAUCUUGGUAUACUUCUUGAGGGCCGUGAGCGUUUUGAAGAGGAAUGUUUGGAUGGAAUGAGGAAGAAAUGUUCUUCCAGUCAAACAGAUGCCAAUGGGAACAAUGACAAAACUCUGUACUCUGUUGGUCCGAGGCUGAAAGCGUUCUCUGAUUGGCUUCUCAAGACUAUGGUGUCAGGCAAUCUGGAAGCCAUUUUUCCAGCUGCUACUCGUGAAUAUGCACCAUUAGUCGAGGAAUUGUGGAAUGAUUCAGCCAUUCAGGCCACAUACACGCGGAGAAGGGAAUUGGAAAUGCUACCUAGUGUUGCUACUUAUUUCCUAGAGAGGGCUGUUGACAUUUUAAGAAUAGACUACGAGCCCACAGAUCUAGACAUCCUAUAUGCUGAAGGUGUCACUUCAUCUAAUGGGCUUGCUUGUGUGGACUUCUCAUUUCCCAACUCAGAAUCUGAAGAUACCAUCAAUACUAGUAAUCAGCAUGACUCUUUGCUUAGGUACGAACUUAUUAGAGUAAAUGCAAGAGGACUUGGAGAAAACUGUAAAUGGUUAGAGAUGUUUGAAGAUGUUGGAAUGGUCAUAUUCUGCGUGUCCUUGAGCGACUACGAUCAGUUCUCUGCUGAUGGGAAUGGGUAUUUCAAUAACAAGAUGUUGCUGGCCAGGACUUUCUUUGAAAGCAUCGUUGCUCAUCCAACCUUUGAACAGAUGGACUUCCUCUUGAUUCUAAACAAGUUUGAUUUAUUUGAGGAUAAGGUAGAACGGGUACCGUUAAAUCAGUGUGAGUGGUUUGAAGAUUUUCGUCCAGUGAUGAGUCGUCAUCGCUCAAGUAGCAACAUGAACAGCAACAACAUUAACAGCAGUCCCUCAUUGGGUCAUUUAGGAGCUCACUACAUUGCAGCAAAGUUCAAGAGGUUCUAUUCUUCUCUAACCGGGAAGAAAUUGUACGUUUCCGUGGUGAAAGGAUUGCAGCCGGAUAGUGUCGAUGCAGCUCUUAAAUAUUCGAGGGAGAUUUUAAAAUGGGAUGAAGAGAGGGCCAAUUUUGGCUUUGAUUAUUCGGUCUAUAGCACCGAAGCAAGCUCCUUUUCAAAUUGAUGUCAAAACCGAAAAGGCUUGUAAAUCCAGUUAUACAUUUGUGUGACAUUGAUCAAUUCCACUGUAAAUAUAAUGGUUUGUAUAUGAGCAAUAGAAAGAUCGUUGCCUUUCA